AUGAUCCAUGAGAAGUGUUCCAAUAACUGGAAUCCCACCACCUACAUGUAUGCUGACAUAAUCCUAGGUACAUUUAUCCCCAUUUAUAUCACCCAAGAUUUCCAAGACAAAUUCCAGAUACCUUUUAAGAAAAAACCAAAUCUUUUUGACAUCGUGAUUCAAGUAGAUAGAGAAAUGCCAACUGUUGUGUCUGUCCAUUUUAUGAGUCCACGGUCAGGCUUCAACUUUUUUUCACCUAUUGACUCCAAUGUGCCACGGAGAGGUUCCACUCUUUUCACUAGGGAAUCUAAAUGUCUUGUGUUUGAACUUUCUGACAAUAAUGCCCUAACUGUACUCAUCAUUCUGCCCCUGCUGUUUAGGGAGAAAUGGAAAAACUACCAAUAUUUGCUGACUUUAUACUUUGCCAUUGAAGAGAUCAAUAAGGAUGCCCAUCUGCUUCCCAAUGUAACCUUGGGAUUCCACCUCUACAAUGCCUUUCACUCUCACCGCAGAACUUUAGAGGGCCCUCUGAUGUGGCUAUCUGAAAGGAGUGAGUUUAUUCCUAACUACAAAUGCAAAACUCAACACAAAGCUCUUGGAAUCAUUGCGGGAAUCAGGCCUGAAUUUUCUGCUGCAAUUGGAACUCUUUUGGAACUCUACAAAAUUCCACAAGUCACAUAUGGAUUGUUUCAUUCUGUGCUAAGUGAUAAAGAUACAUUCCCAUCUGUGUACCAGAUUUCUCCUCAAGAAAAAGGUCUGACCCAAGGAGUGAUCUGUUUAUUGCUGCACUUUGGCUGGAAGUGGGUGGGGCUCAUUGUGGCUGAUGACAUACAUGGAAGGGAGUUCCUCUCUGACCUGACAGCAGAGCUUGCUUCAGAAGAUAUCUGUGUGGCUUUUACAGAAAAAAUACCAACUUUUAUGAAAGUGGAUUUUUACUUUGGGGUUGGGUUGGUGAAUUUGAGCCAACAUACAAAAGUAAAUGUGCGUGUGUUCUAUGGGGAUAUAGAUGAUGUCCUGAUUUUCUACAUACAAAAUGAAAUUAUAUCAAAGAGAAAGAAGAUGUGGAUCAUGGCAAAGCCCAACUUUGUUUACUUACAAUCUGUAUUUUAUAAGUGGAUUGGUUUGAUGCCCAGCGUUUCCAUAUGGAAUGCAGUGUAUGCAGUGGCCCAUGCCCUCCAUGAAAUGCUUUUGAGUAAAACAGAAAUAGAUUCUCACAAAGACAUAAACCAGGACAGGCUUCUACCUUGGCAGCUUCAUCCAUUUCUGAGGAAAAUUCAGUUUACGAAUGCUGCUGGAGACCAAAUAUGCUUUGAUGAGAAGAAGAAUCCUAUGGAAAAGUAUGAUAUACAAAACUUUGUGGGAUAUACUAAUCAUGAUUCAUUUGUAGUUAAAGUAGGAGAGUUUGUCUCCAAAAGUCCACAAGAUAAAGGCUUGUUCAUCAAUGAAGUUCUGAUCAAGUGGCCAAGCAACUUCAAUCAGAAUCCUCAAUCUGUAUGUUCAGAGAGCUGUGGUCCUGGUUUCUGGAAACUUACAGAAGAAGGAAGACCUGCCUGCUGUUUUUCUUGUGUGUUUUGUCCAGAGAGGCACAUUUCCAACCAGACAGAUCAGCAGAAGUGUAUCCCUUGUCCAAUUCAACAGUACCCAAACCCUGAGAGAAACAACUGCCUUCCCAAGUCAAUGACAUUCCUAUCUUUGGAAGAUUCUCUCGGCUUGGCUUUGGUCUGUGUAGCUCUCUGCUUCUCUGUCAGCACAGCUGUAGUUUUGGGGAUCUUCCUCAAACAUCAAGACUCACCCAUCAUUAAGGCCAAUAACCGGACACUCAGCUUCAUCCUGCUCAUCUCUCUCCUCCUCUGCUUCAUGUGUACCUUUCUCUUCAUUGGCCAGCCAAGCACAGCCUCCUGCAUAUUACAACAAAUUACAUUUGCACUCGUGUUCACUCUGGUUCUUUCCACUGUUUUGGCCAAAACUAUAACUGUAGUUCUGGCCUUUAGAGUUGUAAAACUAGGAAGAACAAUGAGAAGACUGUUUGUCUCGGGCAUCUAUAACUCUGUCAUCCCCAUCUGUUUCCUGAUGCAGCUUAUUCUCCUGGGAGUCUGGAUGGGAACCUCACCUCCCUAUAUUCAAGCAGAUGCACAUUCUGAACAUAGUUACAUCAUCAUUUUGUGCAACAAGGGCUCAGUCACUGCUUUCUACUGUGUGCUGGCAUACUUGGGGAUCCUGGCCCUAGGAAGCUUCACUGUGGCUUUCCUGGCUAGGAACCUGCCUGACACAUUCAAUGAAUCCAAGUUCCUGACAUUCAGCAUGCUGGUGUUCUGCAGUGUCUGGGUCACCUUCCUCCCAGUCUACCACAGCACCAAAAACAAGGCCAUGGUGGCUGUGGAGGUCUUCUCCAUCUUGGCCUCCAGUGCAGGACUGCUAGGGUGCAUCUUUAUCCCAAAGUGCUACAUUAUUCUCCUAAGACCUGACAAGAACUCUUUGAAAUGCUUCAAAAAUAAAACAAAAUACAGACACAACAGAUUAUUUUGA